GACUUACAUCCGAUGAGAGAGAGAGAGAGAGAGACAGAGACAGAGAAAAAGGUUACUGCGAGUAGAUAGAGGUAAGUUUUCUAAAAUGGGGGUGGUGUGGUAUGCGCAAUACGCACAUGACAAAUCAAAGUGUUAGAGACAGAGGGACAAAGGGCUGAGGCGUAUAGCUACGUAUUGAAUUUUCCAGUCUCUGUGAAAAGAGAAAAAGCUAAUUUCUCUAUCCAAAUCCAAACCCUUCUCGCAGGCCCGUUGCUCUGCCAGUUUAACCACUUGGGUUUUCCAAAUUCCAUCACUUUCUCGAGAAAGUUCAAUUUUUGGAGCGAAACAAAGCGUUUCCCUGGAAACCCAGUUUGUCAGAAUACUGACAUGUAAACAGUUUCUCGUUUUCUUUAUAAAUUUCGUCUGAUGACGAUCGUGAACAUGUGCCGCUCGUCGUGUCGACCAUUGGACCGAUGCUACCGCUUUCUUCCUUGUCUCUCCGAUCCCGCUCGAAGGUCUGCCUUGGGUUUAAAAGUUGCAUUGGUGAUGCUACAUCUGAUAUAUGUGGGCGUGCUUUUUCUGUUUGAUGGAGGAUUGAUAGAGAAAACUAAAAGAGAACCGUGGUAUACUGCUAUCUAUUUGACUCUCUUUGUUGCCACAUUGGUCCAAUACUUUGUUACUUCUGCUUCUUCUCCUGGCUUUGUCCUUGAUGCAAUGAGGGCAGUCAAUGAGUCAAAUUCAAUUUUCAGAAAGGCAUUAGUAGCCUCAAAACAGCCUGCUUCAAGCAAAAAUGGAAGCGUGGUUGUGACAGUGGAAGGGAGUCAGAUGGCAAGAAGUCUUCUUGGAAGUAAUGCAACAUCUUGGACCAAACUUGUGAUGGACUUGUAUCCCCCAGGAACAUCUGUUCGAAGUUUGACUUGCUCGUACUGUAAUGUUGAGCAGCCUCCCAGAUCAAAGCACUGUCAUGAUUGUGACAAAUGUGUUCUCCAAUUCGAUCAUCAUUGUGUUUGGCUUGGAACAUGCAUUGGUCUGGGUAAUCAUUGUAAAUUUUGGUGGUACAUUUGUGAAGAGACAUCAUUGUGCCUUUGGACUGGCAUCAUGUACAUCACAUAUCUGAAGGCUAACAUAUCAAGUGCUUGGUGGAAGGAUGCUAUUGUGAUAUUGCUGUUGGUUACUUUGUCAAUUUCCAUGAUCUUUCUGCUUCUCCUGCUGCUAUUUCACAGUUAUCUUGUUCUGACCAAUCAGACUACCUAUGAGCUUGUAAGACGGAGGCGCAUCCCAUAUUUAAGAGGAGUUCCCGAAAGAGUUUACCCUUUCAGUAAAGGAGCAUGCAGAAAUUUAUACGAGUUUUGCUGUCUUCAAAGCAGUAAAUACCGAAUGGAACAAUUACCCACAGCUCAGGAAUUACAAAGUUGUCUGUAG